AUGGUUCGUCUUAAGCUGAAUGAAUCUCAAGCGGAGAUGGACGGCUUGAAGAGAGAGGCCAGUGAUCGGGAGGCUGAGCUACGCGAGUCCCUUUCGGCUGCCAAGAGCAAAAUGAAUGAUCUUCAAAUGAUGAACAAGAGAAUGAAGGAGGAGCUCGCCGCAGUUCGAGAGGGUAGCUAUUCGGUCCUUCUGGGUCCGACGUGUGCUCGCUCAGAAUCGGAGUCACGGCGACAAACAUGCGAUCAGCUCGGGGAGCAAAUUGCGAAGCUGCAAGCUGAUAGCAAGACUAGUGUCGCUGAAGUCGCCUCCCUUCGCGAACAUGUGCGUUCGAUCUUCUGCUCUGUAGACUAUCAUGCGCAUCGGGGUAGGUCCAUCGUCUGCAGGGCGAAGAUGUACAACGUGGAGGCUCCCGAACUACGAGAAACCACAGGAGGUCGACCUGCAAUGGAGGUUGGUUUGGAUGUUGUCAGUGUUAGGCCUAGAGGGAGGGUUUACCGCCAGCCGGUCGGACAGGGUCCGACUCGGCAACCAGAUAGCAGCGGCUCUUCAACAGGAAGCAGUACGGUUGAGUGCAGGUAUCGAAAGGGAACACAGACCCGCAAGAAGACAGCUUAG